AGACAACAAGUAUUAAACUAUCCUGGUCUUCAUGGUUUAACAUCCCAUCUAACCAUCAAUUGUAGUUAAUCACCGGCGCAUGCCACUGGUGGAUGCGUCAAUAUCACGACAUGUACUUACCAGAUGGUCAAGUUAGUAUCGGCGGGAUCGCCUCCCAGAGGGAUUCCUCUGUGCGUCAAAAGUGGAACACAAUAGAUGUUGGACCCGCCCUCCACGCUACGACCCACUAUAAAGCAUGCAGCCUCGCCUCUCCUCUUCAUACCCGCUCUGACUCUCUAACUGAGAACACAGUCUCUAGUGAAAAGCCAUGGCUCCAAACAUGACUAUCGAAGCCGUUCAAACAUUUGGCUCCAGGUCCACAGUGGCCCAGCGGAAAGAGGCCAGUGAACUAAGAAGAACUCUCAAGCCUUUAAUGGAGAAAAAAAGGCGCGCGCGCAUCAAUGACAGCUUGAAUGACUUGAAGUCCCUUAUUCUCCCGCUCGUCGGCAAAGAUAACUGCCGCUACUCCAAAUUGGAAAAGGCUGACAUCCUUGAGAUGACAGUUAGAUUCCUCAGUGAUCUGCCUUCGUCUCCUGUCAAAGGUUCAACAGACAGUUACAAAGACGGCUACAAAGCUUGUCUCCAGCGCGUCUCUGCACUGCUCCCCCAAACCAGCCUCGACAAAGACGCCUGCAAGCGGGUGAACGACUUCAUCAAGCAGUCCACGCCUGCAGUGGCCCCACCGUGUCAAAACUGUUGCGGCCAUAGCUCCAACUUGCUACCAGAAAUCCAGCAGAAAAUUCAGAGCAUCAAGUCUACGGCGAAACUAGCGCAGAGCAAGACCAGCAGCAGUGUCGCUCCCCUCCCCAACCGCGCACAGCCUGUGCAACAGGCAGUCACUGCCAACAUGUGGAGACCUUGGUAGAGACACUUAGGAGAUGGCUAUGUCUAUUUAUUAUGUAUAUAGGUUUUUUUUUUCAUAUUGUUCGGUGUAUUUAUUUUUCGUGGACACACACGAUGGCAAUGUCUUACAAGGAUGCCUGCAACAGAGAUUAAUUGUAAAAUACGUGUUUCGCAAGAUAUUUGGCUAAUGACAUGUUUAUAUUUACAGAUUUUAGCCAAUUGCACAGAUCAGCCUGUUCCGUUUGUGAACGUUAUUGAAUGCAAUCCUCUUUGGGGUUUCAAAGAAAAUGGUUUGUAUAACACAACAUAAUUGUAAACCCCAAGGGUUAUAAAGUUUGUAAGAGGUUUGCACGUUUGACUUAAGUAUAUUUGGUCUGUGCAGAAACGAAGCAUGUAAACACUGUGUGUUAAAGCAAGUAUCCCUACACUGAAACGGGUUUUGCAGAUGUCAAACGACAAUAAUGUGUUGAGAAACGAAAUGACUCAAUAAAACAUUCUGAUUUAAAAAAAAACUUGUUGGUUCACGUGGCAUUGCUUUUUGAAUGUGAAUACGAUAUGAUCAAUUAAGUGUUCCUCCAAAGGGUUUCAACAGUCAGAAUAUUCUCAGACGUCUCACACGGAGUUCUUGUUAAAAAAGAGAGGGAACUGCACACAAAGAGACAAAGGGUCACUGUCAGCCUAUUGUAUGCUUAACCAGUCACCUAAUUCUUUAAGUUUUAACUGUCUUGACAGUAACAUCUGUGUAUCUAACAACUUGAAACACUGGUACAACCAUGUUAUUUAACCUACACACUACCGAAAAAACAAAACAGAUGACAUCAAUCCAGAAAAUUGCACUGUAGCCUUCUAGGCUAAGCCUGGCCUUUAAUGGCAAGAAUAAGUGAUGUAGUAGCCUAUGCCUAGUCUACAUCACAUACUUGUUUUCAAUAGGACUUUGCCGAAAGUGUGUAAUCCUUGAACAGUAAUGUCACAGCCUUCUACAACACAUGACUGGUAUAUCCUGAAGAAAUAGCAAGAUAACAUUUUGCAGGAGUUCCUCUCAAAUCGAGUCAAUACUGUUGAUCAUGUUUAAUGCUUAUUAAAAAGGCAAGGAUGCAGAGUCACAUUUGGAUAUAUGACUAUAUAAAUGACUAAAUGUAAAUGUAAAAAUAUAGCAUAGAGAACUACAUCUUCUAAGCAUUAGCGGUUGUAAGGUAGACUUGGUGUUCACUGGAGUUGUUCUGUAAUGGGCCUGGACACACACCAUUCUGUCUUUGCAGAGCCUAACGAGUGUAGUGCGUGCACAAUAGUGCCAUGGUGGAAUAUAGGACUGAUGUAUCUUCAGUGGUCGAUUACAUAGGCUCAGAUGUCUGCUUAUCAGGGGAUGAAUUUGAUGAUGAGAACAGGCAUCCGCUGUUUAGGUGUACACUGGUGUUCAUGCCAUUUACAUCUGCUGUUAAGAUUGUUAAGAACCCAAUGCUGAUGAAUGCUUUCUUGACACAGAAGUAGGCUACUCACAGAACUGUAUGUAAUGGUAAAAUGUGACAGAAUAAAACACAUUGAUCUCAAGUUUAGAACUGUUUAGAAGUUCAGAAGUUUAGACUGUUUGUUUGGUGAAACCAUUGUCACAAAUACGCAUCAGAUCAAAGAGACAGCUAACACAUCACAACCGAAAAACUCAUCAGUACUUUCAAUCAAGGGAAUUCCUCACUGACCACAAGAAAAGACUGUUGAAGUUCAUAGAACAAUCACUGUAGAUGUGAUGUGGAGAACUACAUGGGGUAAUGUAGGAAAAGCCUGAAAUCCAUAGAUCCAUUAUUUAGCUAACAAUAUAUUAAGGCCUAGGACAUCUUCACUAAUGUCAAGUUAGCAACUGUCAGAUAAAAGACAUGUCAUAUUUAGUGACCCCUUGAUCAUCAUAACAAAUUAAUACUAAAUAAACAAAAGUCUGUCACCCGAUAAUUCAGAUCUCAGCUGAGAGCUUUGAUGAUCAAUGCAGGACGAUGCACACAAUGUGUAAGAUGCUUGUUUCUGGUAUUUAUCAUGCAUAGCCAAAACACUUGCAGAUUUUUCUGCGGCAUAUGUUAUUUGCAAACCAGUUCCUGUCAUCACCAGCACAUAUCAAUAUAUGUUCCCUUUAUUAAAGAGGCUUUUAUCACUGUGGGGAUAGCCUAGAGUUAUCAAAACAUACCCUCCAAUGCUAUGUCCAAUGCUCCUCAUGUAACUGUGUCUUUAGUGAGCACACUGUGAAACAUGUUUCAGGGCUAGACUCCCAAAAAACAGUAACACUGAAAGGGAAAAGAUAUUUAUAUAGGAUAUAUUCUGGGAUAAAACGUCCCGUUUUGAGAUGUUAGACAUGCUUAACUCCCUUACAGAACUGUUUGGUAUGUAUUGAAAGGGAAAUUUCAUUGCUUUUUUUAUUCAGCAUUGAAACUUUUGUUUACUGAUAAUAAAAUGUUAAACUAGCCAUCCAUUGUCCAGUAAAGAAGGUUUCUUAAGGCUAUAAGGCUGAGGAAGCAUUUGUAAAUCAAUUUUCAUUGUGAGAAGCUUUGUGUGGAUGAAGAUAAUCUUGCCAGGGCCCAGGAUGAAGCCAACUAAGGAAUGAAAGAACAUUUAGACACAUGCCAACGAUCAAUGGAAAACAGCACCGUCAAGCAGGUGUCAGUGCAUCAUCUUAGGGGCAAGAGCUCUAAAUGGUAAAUGAAUAAACAUUAACCUCAUGUGUCUUCAUGUCAUGGGUUGACAAAGCACCACCCCAAAGAAAACACAAUCAGCCCAAGAUAGUGAUAAACCUCCAUGUAUUCAGGGCUCAAGGUCUCAGGACUGUGGUGGUACAGAAGCCCAGUUGUAGCAGCGGUUCCCAUGUCCCUGACAUCCUAUUUACCAACGAGGCCCUGUCCACUGAUCUCUAUUGAAAUAAGGUUGCAAUUAGGCUCACUUGCUUAGCCUCCAUCCAGUUUCUUCAGAAUUCAGUAGUGUUUGGAUUACAUUGUGUUUCACAGCAUAUGUCAAGGGAGCAGGAGAUCCCUGAUGAAGCAUAAUCGGUACACCAGUGUUUCACCAUGAGCUAAA